AUGAGGAUUUCAGUCCUCCUACUCCUCACCACUACAGUAAUCCCGGGUACGGUAGGACGACCGCAGAAGGAUCCACGUGGCAAUGAUAUCAUCGAUGAUCGUGCGGAUUUCGGUACGCCCGAGCAUGAUAAUCGGGUGCACACCGAGUUGACGGAGUUGACGAAUCGAGACAUCGCUCGUCUCAUCGGAGCCGACUAUUUCAACGGUAGCGUACUGCCAUGUGACAACGAGACGGCUCCCGGACAAUGGAUGGUAUACUGUAGUGGGAGGCUGCUUCAGACCGUGAUGGCUGUGAAGCUCUAUCCGGAUUCCAAGACGUUCGUCGAUCAACCGAUGAAAGUGAAUCAGACGGGCGAGCUCAUUAUGGAUCAUUUUGAGCGGAGGUUUCCGGUGCCCAUCGAGGAAAUAUCGAAAAAAGACGUCGCCGAGUUUGUGGACGAGUUUUUCGAUAAGGAGGGGAAUGAGUUGGAUGUCUGCAACUUGCCCGACUGGAAGCCCAUCACCGAGAAGCUCACCCAAAUCCAGGACGGCCAUUACCAGGCGUUCGCCCAACGUCUCCACUUCAUCUGGAUUCAACUUUGCCGUCAAAUGAAGCCAGAAGUCAAGGAGGACCCGUCUCGGUUCUCUUUGAUCUACGUCCCACAUCAAUUCAUUCUGCCCGGUGGGCGAUUCCGUGAAUUCUACUAUUGGGACGCCUAUUGGAUCGUCAAGGGGUUGAUAGCGUCUGAGCUGUAUUCAACGGCGAGAAUGAUGAUUCUCAACUUCGCCCACAUCAUCGAAACAUACGGUUUCGUGCCAAACGGUGGGCGUGUCUAUUAUCUCCGUAGAUCACAACCGCCAUUUUUCGCUCCAAUGGUGUACGAAUACUACCAAGCGACACAAGACGUUCAACUAGUCAUCGACAUGAUUCCAGUCAUCGAAAAGGAAUACGUCUUCUGGAGUCAACGGAGAUCCGUCAAUCUCACGUUGGAGUCACAAGACCUCAAUGAGACCGUCCAUAUGUUUCAGUAUCACACCGAGGCUGAAACUCCUCGUCCUGAGAGUUUCAGAGAAGACGUACUGAGCGCUGAGCACUUUUCCACCAAAUCCAGAAAACGACAGUUUUUCAAGGAUAUCGGAAGUGCGGCGGAGAGCGGAUGGGACUUUUCGAGUCGAUGGUUUAAGGAUCACAAGAAUUUGUCGACGAUUGAGACGACGAAUAUUGUGCCGGUGGAUUUGAACGCGUUUUUGUGCUAUAAUAUGAAUAUUAUGCAGUUUUUCUACGAGUUGACAGGUAACCCACUAAAACACAUGGAAUGGUCGUCUCGUCUGACGAAUUUCCGUCAAUCCUUCACAAAAGUGUUCUACGUUGCAUCGAGAAAAGGAUGGUACGACUAUAAUCUCCGCACCGGCGCCCACAACACCGACUUCUUCCCAUCGAACGCGGCGCCACUGUUCGCUCAAUGCUACGAUCCGCUGAAUUCUCAGCUCGCCGUCGACGUCUACAAUCAGAUGGAGGCGUCUGGAGCGUUCGGAAUGUCGGGUGGGAUACCGACGAGUAUGCAUAAAGAGACGCAGCAGCAAUGGGAUUAUCCGAAUGGAUGGAGUCCGUUGAAUCAUAUGAUUAUCGAGGGUCUCCGCAAAUCGAUAAAUCCGACUCUUCAGCAAAAAGCGUUCGUUUUGGCUGAGAAGUGGUUGGAGACGAAUAUGCAGACGUUCAAUGUGUCGAAUGCGAUGUGGGAGAAAUAUAAUGUGCAAGAGCCACAUGGAAAACUGGCAACCGGUGGGGAAUAUGAAGUUCAGGCGGGAUUCGGUUGGACAAACGGCGCCGCUUUGGAUCUCAUCAUGACCUACUCGGAUCGCUUAAACUAUAAGGGUCCCGUGCUGGAAUCUCUAGUUGGGACGCCUUCAACCUCCAAGACGCCGUCAACGUCAUCUACUUCAGAAUCCUCAACGUCAUCUGAAUCCACGACGUCGUCAAGCCCAAUUUCACGGUUACUUUUCUCGAUUCUCACUACUGUUACAGUAUUCUUUUUCUUGUUUUAG